CUCGCGUGGCUCAAAGCUUUCAGGAAGUGCUCAAGUUAGAGUGACAACAAACCCUUAACCAGAGGACAUUUUACACAUUUGUCAGUGAUGGCUGAGCCCAGAAUAUCUUCCAUCGAUGGCAAGUUGGCUGAAGACUUUGCUGCUCCCUCGCACAUCGAGGAGGUCAAGGAGAAGAUGGCUGCCUUUGCCAGGUGCCACGCAGAGGCGGGCCGAAGGGUGGUCCUCAUCACGUCCGGAGGCACCAAAGUUCCUCUAGAGUCCCGCACGGUUCGCUUCCUCGACAACUUCAGCAGCGGCAGACGAGGAGCCUCCUCUGCAGAGUACUUCUUAGACUCAGGCUACGCUGUCAUUUUCUUACACAGGCAUCGCUCUCUCUAUCCGUACACUCGCAUGUUUUUAACCAUUAACAUGCUGGAUGCCCUGCAGUUUAAGGGGGGUAAUCCUGGUGACGUGGUUGUUAACCAGCAGGUGCUUCCCAACAUUGCAAAAGUACUGAAGCGGUAUCAGGAAGUGAAAGACGGUAGUCUUCUUCUGCCCAUUGAGUUCAACACGCUGUCAGAGUACCUUCAUUUACUCAAAGCAGCAGCACAGGCACUCAGCUCAAUAGGAUCAAAGGCCAUGUUUUACUUGGCUGCAGCUGUAUCGGACUUCUACAUACCGACAUCUGAGAUGCCUGAACACAAAAUCCAGUCAUCCGACGGACCCCUUCAACUCAGUAUGAAGAUGGUCCCCAAGAUUCUGUCCCCCCUUGUUAAGGACUGGGCACCUGAAGCUUUUGUCACAUCCUUUAAGCUUGAGACCGACGCCUCCAUCCUGCUGGACAAGGCUCGUCGGGCUCUGGACACUUACAGGCACCAGGCAGUGGUGGCCAAUGUUCUGGACUCCAGAAGGGGCUACGUGGUGGUGGUGACCCCUGAAACUCAGGCCGAGCUGAUCCUCACCGAGGACGACGUGAGGAACGAGGUGGAGAUCGAGGAGAUGAUAGUGAGCAACCUGACGUCUGCGCAUACAAAGUUCAUGACUCAACAGGAUGGUUCGCAGAAAUGAUCUCCCAGAAGUUACGUAUUAACAACUUGCCUGAUAGUUCAUCUGAUUUUAAACUUGCCUGUUUUGUCAACUUUUGGUAUUCUGUUCUUUGGAUACACAAGCUACAAAGUAACUAACUACAAAGAUAUAUUUUAUUUUGUCUGUUUUCUUUAAAUGAGUUUUGAAUGUUAUAAAGCCAUUUCUGUACUAUCAACACACAAGUUGACAGAUUUUAAAACGUUUACUCACAUUAUCAGAAAAGCAUUUCAAGAUGUACACUGCUAUAUAAAAGUUUCAAUAAUAAUAAACAUUUAGGUUUAUAAUCAA